UUCCAACUCGUUCCUUUUCAUCUCUCUCUCUCUCUUUCUCAUCACAGCACAGCACAGCACACACAGUCGGCUUCGGAAGAACGCUCCCAAAAUCUUAAACAAGAGCGGCACGUUUUUCCUUGAAGGAAGCCAUGGCUCUGAUCCUGCAUGCACAGAAAACAAACAAGAAUGGUUAUAAGACUCUCAUUGCCGCAGAGUACACUGGUGUCCAAGUUGAAUUGGCCCCUAAUUUUGAGAUGGGCGUUUCUAAUAAAACUCCUGAAUUUCUCAAGAUGAAUCCUAUGGGAAAGGUUCCUGUAUUGGAGACACCUGAUGGUCCCGUCUUUGAGAGCAAUGCCAUGGCUCGUUACGUUGCUCGAUUGAAGGGCGACAGCACUCUGUUUGGAUCUUCUCCCAUUGAUUAUGCCCAUGUUGAGCAGUGGAUUGAUUUUUCAUCGAUGGAGAUUGAUGCUAAUCUUAUGAAAUUGUACCUACCAAGACUUGGAUUUGCCCCACACCUUCCUCCAGUUGAGGAGGCUGCAAAUUCUGCAUUGAAGAGAGCAUUUGGGGCUUUGAGCACUCACCUUGCCUUCAAUACUUACCUGGUUGGGCAUUCCGUUACCCUUGCUGACAUCGUAAUGACAUGCAAUUUGUAUUUCGGUUUCGCUCUGCUCCUAGUCAAGAGCUUCACCUCAGAGUUUCCUCAUGUUGAGAGAUACUUCUGGACCAUGGUCAACCAGCCUAGCUUCCGAAAGAUAUUAGGUCAGGUUAAGCAGACUGAUGCUGUGCUACCUAUUCAGUCUGCAAAGAAGCCUGCCCAGCCUAAGGAAUCUAAACCCAAGGCUAAGGAUGAACCAAAGAAAGUGGCUGUUCAAGAGCCAGAAAAGCCCAAAGAAGAAGCAGAAGAGGAGGAGGCACCCAAGCCCAAACCCAAGAAUCCUCUUGAUCUUCUUCCUCCGAGUAAGAUGAUACUGGACGACUGGAAAAGACUCUACUCAAACACUAAGACCAACUUCCGUGAGGUUGCAAUCAAAGGAUUUUGGGACAUGUAUGAUCCGGAGGGAUAUUCUCUCUGGUUCUGUGAUUACAAAUACAAUGAUGAGAACACUGUUUCCUAUGUGACUUUGAACAAGGUUGGUGGAUUUCUUCAGCGGAUGGAUCUGGCUCGCAAAUAUGCAUUUGGAAAGAUGCUUGUGAUUGGAUCAGAGCCGCCAUUUAAGGUGAAGGGGUUGUGGCUUUUCCGGGGGCAAGAAAUUCCUAAAUUUGUGAUUGAUGAAUGCUAUGACAUGGAGCUCUACGAAUGGACAAAGGUUGACAUCUCUGACGAAAAUCAGAAAGAGCGUGCGAGUCAGAUGAUUGAAGAUUUUGAACCAUUUGAGGGAGAACCUCUUCUGGAUGCCAAAUGCUUUAAGUGAAAAUUAAUCCCUAGUAGAAGGGGUAUGGUUUUGUCAUGUGUCUUUUUUAUUAGGAUUUGGUUUCUUUCCUAUUUAUGUUAGAGUGAAGUUUCUGCUGUUUUAUGAUUUUACCAACAUUGAAACUUAUAUAUGCUUGAUUAUGGUACCUUGAUUAGACGA